AUGCCCCCGGCGCCUUUGCGCGCGCGCGUGCAGCCGCGGCUGGCCAGGGCCAGCGCCCAGUCGGGCCGGCGCCCGCACCCGUUAAGCCGCCCGCCCCGGAGGAGACCGCCGACGCCGCCGCCCAGAUCGCCCGUCGCCGUCCAUCCUCGCCGGACCUCCCCACUGGUCUGCCUCCUGCUCUGCCGCGUCGUCCCCAUCGACCACCCCGACCCCCACUGCCCCGUCCCCACUCCCCGCUGUGAGCACGCGGCCCUCUCCUCCUCCUGUCUCCCCUGCUGCACUGCACCGCCGGGCUCACCGCCAGGUCCCGCGCGCCCGCUGCUCGCCGUCCCACACCCGCGCACGCCGCUCGGGGCCACGCCCCUCGCCCCGCCUCUGUCCCCGCUGCGGCUAUCCCCAUCGCCGCUGCUGCGGCUGGCCGCCGCGCUCGACGACGCCCCACGCUGCGCGGCCCCGCUCCGCUGCUCUGCUCCUCUGCCACCCGCGCCAUCGCCCCGCCUUGCCUCGCGCCACAGCCGCUCGUCGCCCACUCGCCCGUCGCCUGCUUCCCCGCCGCCGAGCUCGCCUCCGUUGACGCCUACAGGCCCGCGCGCUGGUGCCAGCCUCCGCCUGCCCCUCCUCUCUUGCCGGCCACGCUGGGCAUGCCCCCGGCGCCUCUGCGCGCGCGCGUGCAGCCGCGGCUAG